AUGAAGAACCAAAUUGCUGUUAUAGUCUUCGGACUUGCUUGCUUGGCACUAGCCAACCCAAUCGCACGCAUUGAAGAAGGAAUCUGGAAGAGUCUCGAAGAAUCCGAACUCACCAACGUUCUGAUCACCUUCAGACGAGCCGACACCGUGGCCGCAUGGGAUCGCUUCUACAGCUUGCGACUACAAACCCGUGAAGCUAUCUUGGACACACAACACGCCAUCCUUAAGGAUCAUGCCGAUGUCAUUCAGGCCGAUGUUACAGCAAUGUUGGAGAAAACUCAACUAGCUGGCAAAAGACAUUAUCUUGAUCAACUCUGGAUCACAACCGAACUCAUCGUUCGAGAUAUCGAUAGGGAAACCGUUGAAAUGUUGAGAGAUCAUCCCGACGUUGAAUCUUUGAUCGCUGAACAAUUCAUCCCAUUGGAAGAGACUGAAGAAGGUGAAAGCUUCGAUAUGAAUGACUACAAUAAUACAAUCCAAAAUCAAUGGGGAGUCGUGAACGUACAAGCCCCGGCUGCCUGGUCCAGAGGAAUCACCGGAACUGGAAUCGUUAUCGGAAACAUUGACACAGGAGCCCGUCACACUCAUAACUUGCUCAGUGGAACAUACCGUGGAAAUAACGCUGGGGAAAACCACAACUAUAACUGGCGUGCACCAACUGGCAACGCUGCAACUCCCUCUGAUACAAACGGACACGGUACACACUGUAUCGGAAGUCACUCCGGAACAGGUGGCAUUGGUGUUGCACCUAACUCUCGCUGGAUCGCCUGCCGUGGAUGCGCAACUGCCAGUUGCUCAACAUUCGAUCUAAACUCUUGUGGUAACUUCAUGGCUUGCCCAACCAACACCGCUGGCGGUGCUGCUCAAUGUAACCGAGCUCCACGCGUCGUUAACAACAGUUGGGGUGGUGGUAGUGGCUCAACUUGGUUCAAUCCAAUUCUGACAGCAUGGAGAAACGCUGGUAUUUCCGGUGUCUUCGCUAUUGGAAACUCUGGCAACAGUUGCGGAUCAGCUAACUCUCCCGGAGACCAACCUCUCGCUUUCGGUGUUGGAUCCAUUACAAGCACGAAUGCGCUGUCAACAUUCUCCAGUGUGGGACCGGGUCCAGGAAAUGCAGUUAAGCCCAAUGUUGCUGCUCCCGGACAAAGCGUUGCAUCUGCUUCUCACUUGAACAAUACCGGAUUGCGCACAUUGUCUGGAACGAGUAUGGCCUCACCACACGUUGCUGGCGCUGUUGCUUUAGUUUUUCAUGCUCGCGGAGGCGGUGUCGUUGCUGCUCACAAUCGUCUCACCAGCACAGCUUUGGCUCACUCAUCGGGUGGAAGAACUUGUUCGGGUAGACCUGAAGGAACCCGACCGAACAACCACGUUGGACAUGGACGUAUCAAUGCUAAUGCUGCUGCUUAA